AUGAUUACAACCAACUCUUCCCAAAACCAAAAUCCACUUCUAAUGAACAGCAACGAAGAAACUGACGAUGCCGUAGAGUAUAUUCCCCAGGCAGAACAUCUUCAGGCUUCACCAAUUACAAAAAUAUCACCAAACCAAAGUCCGUUUUCUGAUACCGCUGGAGCUAAAGCAGAGUUUGAGCUACUUUGUGAGCAGCUCAAAAACCCUGUUCAAAUGGUUUUAAAAAAAGACAUUGUAUGGAGCAAGAGAGAUCCGCUUCAUUUCUGGCAGUCACUCGCAUUUACUCUUAGGAGUGAAGAACUCACCUGUACUGUCGUUUCUUCUUUUGUGGAUACGAUGGGUCACAACAAAUUAUACAUUGCAACCAAUGAUCCAAUGACUGAUUCUCAACAGCAAGAAACCACAGAGAUCAUCAAUAUGUUCCUGGACUUAAAACCAGUCAAUGAAAUAGCAGCCAGACUCUUUCCCCGUCACUUGUCGUAUAUUAUUAAACAAUUCAAAAAGGUUCUGGAGCCUUCAAUAUGUACUUUUUUCAAAAAGUUUCCGAAUCGUCUGGAGCUCUUAGAGUCACUAUUCAAAGAAAACAACUUACCCGAGGAGCUAUCCAAGCUUAUGACCGAGCUGAUAUUUAAACAAGGGUUGACCUUGGACGACGUUGGGGCAUUGAUGGAUUUGAUCACGGACAAUAGAAAGGUUCUUCGAGCAAUGAAAGACGGCAUUACACAAGAUAUCUCGAAAGCAGCCAGAAAAAUGGCGGUUCGUCUAUUGAAAAUGAUUAGACUAUCCGAAGAGAUUGCGUUCGUGUGGAAAAAGGUUCAACGACAUCAGCAAGACAUAUAUCUCAAAUCUUUGGCACCACAAUUCCAAUUUAUUUCACUUGACUGUCACGCUGAAUUGGCCAUCUUGAAGACUGCCAAAGAUUGCUGUAAAUCUACAACACUUUAUAUUGGAGUGUCAGAACGACCUUGUUAUUGCUGUUCCUUAUUUUUCAAAGCGAUUGAAGAAAACAAGAGUGCAGAAUUCAACAUUUCAAUUGUUACUACUCAUGGAAAGUUGUACGGCAGAUGGAACAGAAUCGAAAACUGCUUUGACAAGGAAUUCAAUCAGGUCUGGGCAAAAGUGAUUAAAGAUUACUCUGCUGUCAAAAAGCCAACUCAGAUGGCCACUGAUGAUGAUGAUUUGUUAGAUGUAUUUAAAUAAAAACGACAGACGGUUCAACUUAUACUACUACGUGUCCGUUUAAAGCAUCAAGUAUGAGUCUGACACAGAAAACUCCUAAUAUUUCAAACUAAUAAACUACCCAUUAUUCUGUUAU